AUGGAGAAUUAUCUUCCUUCAAAGCGCCUACGACGCAACACCAAGAGGUGCUACGAAUGCAGAAGGCGCAAAGUAAAAUGUCAAUUGGCCUCCGAGGACGUGGCAACUUGCUCUGAGUGCCUUCGAACUGGCGCCCAAUGUACUCUCCAAGCACCAGAGACCGAAUCAAAUGCAUCAUCGACAACCUUGUCUGAUAACGACGGACGCCUCGAGCGCAUAGAGCAAAUGCUACGCACUCUGAUUGAUAAUCAAGAGUCAAACAAAUUGCAUCCCAAAAAUGAAAAUGAUUUACAGCAGCCAUUGAAUUGGGAUGACAUUCUGAAUCAAGACUUAUUUUCGGAUCAAUUUGGCAUACCCACGCCAUUGGGAUUAUCGACGCUUCAGGAACAAUGUACUAAGCCCCAUCCGGUGCAGCUGCCACUGCUUCAAUACAAAGACGAGACGGCCAAGCAGAUCCUUCUUGAGCUUCUCCCAUCACAAGAAGAUGCAAUCAGUAUAACAAGUCAUACUGGAGCGUGGGCGAUGGAGCUUCCGGACCCUCCCGGGGCAAUGUGGAAACUUGGAGACAAGUCGCCGGUUCGCGAUGUUCUUGCCGCGGCACAAUUCAGUACUAUGGGCAUAGCGAAAGCGAUUUUAUUUUUUGCUUUGAGUAUUCAGCAACUACCCCCUGAUUUCCAGACCAGUCAACUUCAGAUAGAUGAUGUUGAUGAUCACGUCCGGCGGUAUACCCAAGUCGUGGGCACCUUGGUUCUAGCCCAUGAAGAGAUGUCAUGUUCCCCCGAGGGCUUGGAGUGCCUCUUGCUCUUGGGAAUGAUCCAUAUCAAUGAAGGCGACCUCAAGCAGGCAUGGAUGAAAUUCAGGAGAGCCCUUGACGUCUCCCGACUUCAGGGGUUUCAUAAGAGCUAUGAGCCCUCCGUACGUCAAUCUCAAGAGCUGGCAUUUCAACGCCGAUUAUGGCUGUCAUCUGUCAUGGGAGAUAGCUUCUGCAGUUUGAUACUCGGCUUUGAGACUGGAGCUACACAGCCAUUCGGCCCGGACUACUCCUGGGAUGAUCCAUUCGCAGAUGAAAAUGCCAACUUCCAACGUCGCCUAUGCAUCGUAUCGGGCCAGUUGAGUCAAAGAAACCUGUUCGGACUCCAAGAUAAUCUCGAAGAGGCAAAAUCCAUAAACACGGCCAUUGAUGGGCUGCAGAAAUCCGUGCCGGACUCAUGGUGGCAAAGACCUGAUAUUCGUGAAGAACAAUCUUUGACUUGUGCUCAGGAAUACGAUCGACUCCUGUCUCAUCUGUGGUUCUUUCAACUUCGAAUUCUUGCCAACGUUGCAUUUUUAUUUGUACCGGCACCCGAAGCAAAGCAGUAUCGCGAUCACUGUCUUGAAGCAUCAAAGACGACUCUAUACAGAUAUUUGGGUCUUCGUCAGGCGGGAACCACUCGACUCCACUGCAGAGCAGCUGAAAUUGCCGCUUUUAUCGCAUCGGUGGCUCUAAUUCUCAGUCUGAGCAAGGAUGGCGACGCUCAAAUAUCAGAUCCAUCUAAACCCCUCAAUUCCGACGUCGUCCUGUUGGAGCAAAUUGUUGACUCUUUGGCGGCUCUCGGUCGGAGUUCCAGCCGAGAAAAUUUGGCUCUGAAGAGCGCCGAGCUGCUUGCGAAUUUACUGAGAAAACUCAGGGUGGGAGAUUCCAUCUCAACGCAUCCGGGUGAAAAGAGAAAAGCUGUGGAAUCUGCGGUUCCCCUUCCUACAACCCGGAGGCAAGUAGGCUUGCAUCAGCUAUUGCUUGCCUCUGUGAAGAAUGCUCUUGGAACCCAGUCAGCCACGCAUAUUCUUGAUAUGGAUGACACGAUAUAA